CCUCCUUUCCUAUCCGUUCCAAGCGGAAGAUGGCGGCGGAGCGGAGCGGCAGCUGCGGGCUGACUGUGCGGCCUGAGGGAUCGUUGUGGCGCGCCGCAGUCACGCGGCCGGUGCUUGACCGAGCCUUGUAAGCCUCCUGUUGGAAGGAGAUCACUUGCUCUUGCCUCACAAAUUGAAAUAUUAGUUCUGUGCUGGCCACAGAACAGAAGUGUUGUUGGAAAGGUUGCCAAGUGAAGGAAUCCACCAUGUGACCAGCAAGCCAACUAGCUAAGGCAGCUCUGCAGUUUGUGGCAAGCCUGUAUAUUCCUGUCUUGAUGCCUGUUAUUUGUGUCUGAAGCCAAGGAAUUCAUACGUGCACAUGACCCGCCUCCUUCGUAGGACUUUUCUCAGCCCUUGGAGAAACUGGGGAGAUAAGCAGCAUUUAGAGGAGCAAUGGGACUUGAAUGCCAUGGUCACUUGAGAUAAAUGGCAGAUCACUGGGCGUUUAGUCUUGGAGCUGCUUGCUUAAGCUUCAUCCCUCUCAGCAGCCCACAUUUCUUCUCUGUGAGCUGCCACUGGCUCUUCCAGUGGUGGCGUUGGAGACAUCGGCGACAGCUUGGUUGGUGCCAAGCUUGAGGAAGUUGAAGCAAUCAGCCUCAUCAUGAUUCAGCUGUGGAAAGUGGUGCGGCAUGUGCGACAGCUGGAACUCCACAGAUUGAUCCUGCUGCUCAUUGCCUUCAGCCUGAUCUCCAUGUGUUUCCUGGCUUACUAUGUCACUAACAGUCCCAAAAUCAAAGAACCACCCCCGUUGCCCUUCAGCGAUUGUAGCAACCAGCACAGGGUCCUUAUUCAGCCCCAGGCAAGCUGGAGACUUACAAAAUCAAUAGAUAACUCCCGCACAGACCCUGUGGUGCUUGUCUUUGUUGAAAGCAUUUACUCUCAGUUGGGUCAGGAGAUUGUGGCUAUCUUGGAAUCUAGCCGGUUUAAAUACAGGACAGAGAUUGCUCCUGGAAAGGGGGACAUGCCCACGCUAACAGACAAGGAUCAUGGCCGUUAUGCCCUUAUUAUCUAUGAGAACAUCCUUAAAUAUGUGAACCUAGAUACAUGGAACAGGGAUCUUUUGGACAAAUAUUGUGUGGAGUAUGGGGUUGGCAUCAUUGGUUUCUUCAAGGCAAAUGAGAACAGCUUGCUUAGUGCACAGCUGAAGGGUUUUCCCCUCUUCCUACAUUCCAAUCUAGGGUUACGAGACUAUCACAUCAACCCCAGUGCUCCACUGCUGUAUGUGACCCAGGCUAAUGAGGUUGAACAGGGUCCUUUACCUGGUGAUGACUGGACUGUGUUCCAGUCAAAUCACACAACUUACGAGCCUGUAUUGAUGGCCAGCACCAAGUCAUCAGAAUCAAUCCCUCAUCUGACCACUCACAGAGCUCUGCAUGCAACUGUGGUCCAGGACUUGGGUCUGCAUGAUGGCAUCCAGCGUGUCCUAUUUGGGAAUAACCUCAACUUCUGGCUACACAAGCUCAUCUUUGUCGAUGCCAUUGCUUACCUGACUGGAAAGCGUCUUUGUCUGACCCUUGAUCGCUACAUCCUUGUGGACAUCGAUGAUAUCUUUGUGGGCAAAGAGGGCACUCGCAUGAAGGUGUCAGAUGUAGAGGUAAGCUUGAGCAAAAGUGUAAAAGGCAUCAAAGAAAUAACUCUCCAAAGUAUUGUAUAUAUAUAUAUUGCAUUUUUCUCCUUGAAACUUGAAGGGUAUGAAGGGGAUGACAUGCUGCUAAAGCACAGGAAGGAGUUCUGGUGGUUUCCCCACAUGUGGAGUCACAUGCAGCCACAUCUCUUUCACAAUGUCACUGUGCUAGCCGAACAGAUGAAGCUCAACAAGCAGUUUGCUUUGGAACAUGGAAUCCCUACAGAUAUGGGCUAUGCUGUAGCCCCUCAUCACUCAGGUGUUUACCCUGUCCAUGCACAGCUCUAUGAGGCAUGGAAAGCUGUCUGGGGUAUUCAAGUGACCAGCACUGAGGAAUAUCCCCACCUUCGGCCUGCUCGGUACCGACGAGGGUUCAUCCAUAAUGGGAUCAUGGUGUUACCUCGACAGACAUGUGGUCUGUUCACACAUACCAUCUUCUAUAAUGAAUAUCCUGGUGGCUCAAAGGAGCUAGAUAAAAGCAUUCGUGGUGGCGAACUCUUCCUGACAGUGCUCUUGAACCCAAUAAGUAUCUUCAUGACACACCUGUCCAAUUAUGGGAAUGACCGGCUGGGGCUCUACACUUUUGAAAGCCUUGUCAAAUUUGUGCAGUGCUGGACCAACCUCCGACUUCAGACGCUUCCUCCUAUCCAGCUCGCCAAAAAAUAUUUUGAAAUAUUUUCAGAAGAAAAGAAUCCUUUGUGGCAGAAUCCUUGUGAUGACAAGCGACAUAAGGACAUUUGGUCUAAAGAGAAGACAUGUGACCGGCUUCCCAAGUUUCUCAUUGUUGGUCCUCAAAAAACUGGCACAACAGCUGUGCAUUUUUUCCUGUCCAUGCAUCCAGCUGUUACAAGUAAUUUUCCAAGUCCUUCCACCUAUGAAGAGAUCCAGUUUUUUAACGGACCUAAUUAUCAUAAAGGAAUUGAUUGGUACAUGGAGUUUUUUCCCAUCCCCUCUAAUGCCAGCACAGAUUUCAUGUUUGAGAAAAGUGCCAAUUAUUUUGAUACAGAAGUGGUACCGAAGCGAAGUGCAGCACUCCUUCCCCGAGCCAAAAUCAUUGUCAUUCUGAUAAACCCAGCUGACCGAGCAUACUCCUGGUAUCAGCACCAGCGUGCUCAUAAUGACCCUGUGGCACUGAACUAUACCUUUUACCAGAUCAUAUCUGCAGGACCUCAAGCCCCUCCAGAACUGCACUACCUACAGAGUCGCUGUUUAAACCCUGGAUUGUAUGCCACACAUCUCGAGAGGUGGUUGAUGUAUUUUCCUUCAGGACAGAUUCUGAUUGCGGAUGGGCAGGAACUCAGACAGAGCCCUGCCACCAUCAUGGAGAACAUCCAAAAGUUUCUGGGGAUUACACCACUGUUCAACUAUACUCAAGCACUUAAGUUUGAUGAAGCAAAAGGCUUUUGGUGUCAGGUGCUGGAAGGAGGGAAGACCAAGUGCCUGGGGAAGAGUAAAGGAAGAAAAUAUCCAGCAAUGGAUUCCUCAUCCCGCAUGUUCCUGGCCGACUUCUACCGUGAGCACAACAUUGAACUAUCCAAGUUACUCAGCAAGUUGGGGCAGCCACUUCCCACAUGGCUCCGAGAGGAACUGCAGAAUUCUAACUGGAGCUGAAGGCAAGGGCUGGCCCCCCACUGCUGCCAAGUACCUGUAUGUGGGAGCCAUUGGGGACAAGGCAUACACACACACGCACUGCUCAAAGUGAAUCAAGAGGACAGAGCAGUAAGUGUGGUGGCCUGAGCGUGGAUUAUGCACCUUCAAGUAUUAACAGCUUGAUACAUUUGAGAGACCCCAGAGAAGAGUUGCAUGUGGUAUUGUGCAGUCAUUAUCCUCCACCCCUAGACAUCUAGGAAGACUGAUACAGGAAUGCUUGUAAGCUAUGAUUUCUCCAGGCAAGAAAGCCCAGACCCCAUAAAGAACAGCAGCAUGCAAAAGUGUAGGCUACUGGGGCAUUCACUACUGAUGUCCAAAAUACUCAGGAAGUUUGCAAGUGAAUGUCUUAAUUAUUGUGAAUGCUCCUUUAUAUGAUUCUUAGGGCACUGUUUCCAGAAUUGCUAGUAAUGGACAGAAAACUGCAUUUUCCUGAUUGUAGCCCUAGUUGUUUUAUUAACUCUAUGCCAGGGACAAAGGUAGGUGGGAGGUGAUGAGGCAGCAGAAAUAUAAAAGACUUUCUCCUAGGAGGGAUAAAGCUGUUGUGGCAGGUACAGGGAGGCUUGAUAAUGCUAAUGACAACAGAAAAGAAAGCGACUUCCCUGGGGUCUGUGGCAUAGGCUGUUCUUUUGGAGGUCCCUCCUUAUUAAUUUUUAACAUAGCAUGGUGAUUAUGAGUGAGUUAGAAUGCAGAACCAAGUCUUUCCAUCCAAAUCCUCCAUUUUGACUCAAGCUCUACAACAGUGAGGCCCCAGCCUGCUCUUAGGAUCUAAUCCUACCAUUUCCUCAUUACAACCACUAUCUAUCUGAGUGGCAAACAGCAGAAACCCUGCCCAUUCCUCCAGUCAUGCCUUAUGCACAGUGAUCCAGCAGUUGCUCGAGAUAACAAGUGCCAGGCUCACAGGGGUUAUUUAGCAGAUGGCUUUGACAGGUUGAUACUAUGGGAGAGCUCCUGUAACCCAGUUAAGUCCAUUCUAACAGGGAGGAAGGUGAUUACAGCCAAGCUUAUACAUUGAGCCUUAGUUAUUGUGCAUUUUAAUGGUUAAUUUACCAUUGUUUGUAAAUAUAUAGUACGGACUAUAUAAUAUUUCAUUCAGUGUGUCCCCCAGCAGAGGGGAAUGUUGUUUAACCAAAAAUGGAACCAGCAAACCUAAAAACCUGUGGCUGAAAAGAGAAGCAAGUGCUGUGCUUCCUGCACUGGAUUCAUGUAUAAUGUCAUUCACAUUGAAUGAUAAGAAUAAAUUCUUGGCUCUUGCAGCUGAGCACAAUGUCUAAAAGGUUAGACGUAGCAUUUGGAAUCAAUAAAUGUAUUACUUUAUUUCUGUUUCAUUGUAA